CAGAAGGAGAAGUCAUGUGUGAUCUCGCGGGUUCAUCCCACCGAGAUCAUGGCCACCACCUCCACCACCCGUGGUCAUUGCCUUCACGGGUCUCACUGUAGCCUCUUCGGCUCAAGCUUAGCGUGACUCGGAGCCCAAACGGUGCCAAAUCCUGGUUAUGGCUGAGGACCACGAACGGGGCCUCCCCCAUGGGCCCAGCGCUAGAGACGACCCGUCGGCCUGCCCAAGAAAGGCGUUGCCGGUGACCUUGCUGACGGGUUUCCUGGGGGCGGGAAAGACGACCCGACUCAACGCCACUUUGACGUUUGGUAAGGAAAAAAUCGCUGUCAUCGAGAACGAGAUCGGCGCCCUCGGUGUCGAUGGAGAGCUCGUCGCCAACAGGCACGAGGACGGGAUCAUCGAACUCACCAACGGUUGUUUGUGCUGCUCCGCCGAGGUGGACUUGGUCUCCGCGCUCGAGUCGCUUGCGCAUCGGCGCCACGACUUACCAUUCGACCGCGUGGUGAUCGAGACCACAGGGCUCGCGGACGUGGCCCCAGUGGUAGAGCUGAUCGGCGACCCCGCCGACCCACUGGCCGCAGACUUCUUCCUUGACGGCGUCGUGACCGUAGUGGACGCGGCCAGUUUCCGGCGGUGGGCCAGUGCCGACUGUUCCGUUGCGGGCUCGGCCGAAGCGGAGGAGCUGCUGGCCAGCCCCGUCGCCACUUGGGCCAGCGGCUUCGGGGCCCCAGGUGGCGUGGCCCUCGGGGCGACCACAGGGGGGCUGGGGCGCCGGGCUGCCAUGGCCGCGUUCUGGAAGCAGGUCGCCCUCGCGGACCAGAUCAUCCUAAGCAAGGGGGACGUGGCCGGGGAGGAGGCCGUCGAGGACGCGCGGCGCGCCCUCCGCGAGGCGAACCCGCUGGCGCAGCUGCUCGCCGACGGCACCGGCUCGGGGCCGCUGCCGCCCCCGCGCGCCACAGCGGAGAGGAGCCGCAGGCGUUGGCGGCACUCUCCGCGAGGCCCUGCGGGCGAGGCCGGCGCGCGCCGUCGAAGGUGAACUUCUGCGGGGCCUCCCAGAAGCGCCGCCGCGGCCCAGACCACCUCGCCGGCGUCGACGCCCUGACGCUGCGGCUGCCGCUGGACUGCUUGCUGCGCGCCGGCGCCCUGGUGGCAUGGGCGCAGGCCCUCCUCGCGGGCCGCGGCGAAGACUCGAGGAACAAAGAACGGCCCAGGCAUAAAGUUUGGGACUAUGAAAGUUUACGCAUGUGCAGUUUUCUCUUCCUCGGGAAGACGCGGAGGAGGCCCACGAGGGCCUCGGUGAGGCGUGGCGGGUGAAGGGGCUGGUCGCGGUGGAGGGCAUGGGCCCCGCGCUGCUGCAGUGCGUCGGCCAGCAGGUCGCAUUGGAGCCGUGGCCACGAGGUUUCGAGGCGCCCUUCGUCGUCGUCAUCGGCGAGCAGCUGUGCCAGGAGCGCAUCGAGGCGGCCCUGGCCGCCUGUGGCACGUGCGCAGGCCAGCCAGCUCUGCAGAAGCCGCCCAUGGACGUGGACACCAGAUCGGCUUGAGCAAGG